AGUACGGGCGGUAGCUUUCGCCUCAAUCGCACACAGUCGACGAAUCGCUCUCUCAACGAAGGCAAAACGACUCCUACACAGUCUACUCCUCAAGCGUCCACAACGAGUCAUUUGUCACAUGCAUGCAUGCUCACCACUCUCACGCCAUCCAAACUGCAUUUCAGCUUUUCUAAGGUCAAGCCUCGCCGUACCGUCGUUACCAUAACGCCCAAUACAGAGCUAACCGAGCCGAAUGGAGGCGACACAAUUCAGGAGGCUAGCAAGCGGGAAGGUGUCCCGCUUGCCGUCUGA